GCCGACAGUGGCGAGCGGCUGCUGCAGAGUCAGGCUGGUGGUCCUGACAGGUUCGCUCGCCCUUCCGUCGGGGCCCGUCAGCACAGCCCUGUCGCUUCUGUCACCAGCAGCGGGGCCGACAUGUGCCUAUGACCAUGGAGAUGAAGGACUCGGGCAGCGUAGUCCUCACAGCCUACCAUCCCCACAGCCCGGCCAGGAUACCGGCCAUGGAGCAGAGCUUUCUACAGGAUAUCCCUCCCAGCCAUUCACCCGCCAGCAGAAAGUCCCUCUCUCGUUGUCGAAGAAUUAACAGGAUGCUUUCAAAUGAGUCAGCUCCUCCUCCUACAUUCAGUCGCUCCAAUUCGCAGGCCUCCAUGGACAGCACUUCCAUGGAGGACUUUUGGUGUGAAGUGGAGAGCAUCAAGGAGAGCAGAGAAGAUGGAUCUGAAGAAGCAACAGUCUUGGAGUUCAAACCUGCUGAUGAAGGGGAACUGGAGGCAGAAUGGCUGCAAGAUGUAGGUUUAUCUACGUUGAUCUCUGGAGCUGAAGAGGAGGAUGGCCAAGCUCUGCUGUCCACUCUGACCAGGACUCAAGCUGCUGCCGUACAGAAGAGGUACAACACCUACACUCAGACCCUGAGGAAGAAGAACAAGCACACAGUCCGGGAUGUGCGAGACAUCUUUGGCACCAAUGACUCUUCUCUCACAUUUGAGACAGUUCCAGUGCCACCAGUUCCUUCUAACGGUAUCCAGCUCCCUGGGCAGAAGGCAGUUUGGAAAUCAGUUACCUCUAAUAGCUGUCUAGACUGUGGACUAGAUAAAGGCAGCCCAUCCGUAACAGAAGAGCUCUCUUAUGAGGUCUCUUUCUCAGAAUCCAUUACAGUCCUUCCAAAAACCCAAGAGUGGCCAAAAAAUCAGAGGUUCAAAAAAGAAGACUCGGCUUUGCCUAAAUUCGUUGUUCGGAAAAGCCGGUUUGGACUGACAGAGGUCGGAGACCUCUCCCCUGAAGACAUGAAGAAGAUCCGCUACCUCUCCCUGAUUGAGCUAACAGCCUUCUACGAUGCGCUGGGGGUGGAACUGAAGAGGAACCGUGCAGAGAGAGUGCGGGGACGAGAGAAUGGUCUUUUCGGAGUCCCUCUCACUGUGCUGCUGGAGAACGAUCAAAAGAAGGUUCCUGGAAUAAAAGUUCCCCUUAUCUUCCAAAAAUUGCUGCUCAAGCUUGAGGAAACAGGUUUGGAAACUGAAGGAAUUCUACGGGUUCCUGGAUCUGCCUCCAGAGUCAAGAAUCUCCAUCAAGAACUUGAGGCAAAAUUUUACGAAGACACUUUUGACUGGGACCAAGUACGAAAUAAUGAUGCAGCGGGACUGCUGAAAAUGUUUAUCAGAGAACUCCCAAGCCCACUCUUCACAGUAGAAUAUCUGCCUGCUUUUAUCACGCUAGUGGAAAAAAUCUCCAAGAUCAAGUUACAGCUACAAGCUUUGCAUCUGUUGAUCAUGCUGCUGCCUGAAGCCAACAGAGAUACAGCCAAGGCCUUUCUUCAGUUCCUGAAGAAGGUGGUUGCUAAUGAAGGGAAAAACAAGAUGAAUUUGUGGAAUGUUUCUAUGAUUGUUGCACCAAACCUCUUCAUCUACAAAGGGAAACGUGCAAACCAACAAGAAAUGCAAGCAGCUGCCACCACAGCACACAUCGUGCGGCUGUUAAUUCGGUACCAGGACAUUCUGUGGACAGUCCCAUCUUUCCUGAUUUCCCAAGUGAGAAAAAUGAAUGAGGCAGCGAUGAACAACAGCAAGAGACAGCUGAUGUUUGACAAAGGAGUGAGAAAACUUCUGAGGAGAAAGACCAUGGAACGGGAGAGACCUGAAAGACCAGAGGGAGCUGUCACUUUUCCCCCAUACCUGCAGUCUGACAUACCCGAGGGGGUGAUAAGAGUUUAUGCUCCACUGCAUUCAAAAGUCUCUAUGGCAAUUCAGCUCAACAGUCAAACAAAAGCCAAAGACAUCCUGGCUCGAUUCCACUGUGAAAACAGCCGUGGAUCAUCACAGAAUAUGAGAGGCCAGAUCCAAAGUUUACAUGAAAUUGGAGGAAAUAUAGGUCAGCACUGCUUGGAUCCAGAUGCGUACAUGUUAGAUGUCUACCGUGCAAAUCCUCAGGCAGAAUGGGUGAUAAAACCAAAAGCGAGCUGAAGCAGAAGGCUGCAGUGUACUGGACAAAAGCCAAAUGGACAAGAAUGAUGCCUGCCAUUUUAAGAAGCUCUUGCAGAGAAAAAACGGUAGCUACAGGACAUCAUUCCUUCCUACUGUACUGUCCAACUGAUGGUCAGCACAUACUACUUUUGGUAUUCCAGAUUCUGACCAUCAGGAAAAUAUCACAUCAGUUAUACUUUCAUAUGGAUUACACUUGUGCCAGUUGGCCCAGGAAUUGAGGAGGACAGACCAAGGUACGGUGUGCAGAAAACAACCUGUCACAUACAAGUUGUUCGUUUCCUGACCUGGU